AUGCUGCUCACCGACUACCUCCUGACGCCCUAUGCGCUCCUACUAAUACCCGUGCUCUACUACCUACUACCCUAUGUCCGCGAAAAGGCCCUCAUCCGCAUUCCCGGACCCUUCCCAGCUCAGUUCACCAAUCUAUGGCUAAUGUAUCAAUGCCGCCACGGCAGACGGUAUCUGGCCGUCGACGAAGCGCACAAGAAGUACGGCAAGGUCGUGCGGAUUCAGCCCAACCAUGUCUCGAUUGCAGACCCCGAUGCCAUACCAGUUAUCUACGGCCACGGUAACGGAUUUCUCAAAGCCGAGUACUACGAUGCUUUCGUCUCCAUCCGCCGCGGCCUCUUCAACACGCGUGACCGCACCGAGCAUACACGGAAGCGCAAGAUCGUCAGCCAUACCUUUUCCGCAAAGUCGAUCGGUCAAUUUGAGCAGUACAUCCACAGCAACCUCGAGCUCUUCUACUCCAAGUGGAACAAGCUGGCCAAGGAGAAGGCGAAUCCGUCCACGGGGUAUGCUAGUAUCGAUGCCUUGCACUGGUUCAACUACCUCGCGUUCGACAUCAUCGGCGACCUGGCCUUCGGCGCCCCCUUCGGCAUGCUGGAGCGCGAGCGCGACAUCGCCGAGAUCCGCAAAUCGCCCAACUCGCCACCUACGACCGCCCCCGCGAUCGAAGUCCUCAACCGCCGCGGCGAAGUCUCCGGCACACUGGGCUGCCUCCCCCAACUCAAACCCUACGCGCGCUACCUUCCCGACAAGUUCUUCUCGCAGGGCGUCGAGGCCGUCGAGAACCUCGCCGGCAUCGCCAUCGCGCGCGUGUCCGACCGCCUGCAGAACCCGGACAUCGGCCGCGUGGACCUGCUCGCGCGCCUCAUGGAAGGCAAGGACGCCAGCGGCGAGAAGCUGGGCCGCGAGGAACUCACGGCCGAGGCCCUCACGCAGCUCAUCGCCGGCAGCGACACCACCUCCAACACCAGCUGCGCGCUGCUGUACUGGGUGCUCCGCACGCCGGGCGUGGUGGAGAAACUGCACGCGGAGCUGGACGCGGCCAUCGGGCCCGGCGUGCCCAGCUACGACGCCGUCAAGGACCUGCCGUACGUGCAGCACGUCAUCUGGGAGGCCAUGCGCAUCCACAGCACCAGCUCGCUCGGCCUGCCGCGCCUGGUGCCCAUGGCCAGCGCCGACAACCCGAAUCCCAAGCCGUGUGAACUGCUGGGCUACAGUUUCCCGCCCGGCACCACGCUCAGCGUGCCCGCGUACACGAUCCACCACUCCACGACGCUGUGGGGGCCGGACGCCGAGGACUUUGUGCCCGAGCGCUGGGAGGAGGGCCGGCUGACGGCGGAGCAGAAGGAGGCGUUCAUCCCGUUUAGUUACGGGCCCAGGGCGUGCGUGGGCAGGAAUGUGGCCGAGAUGGAACUCAAGUGUAUUGUGGCGACGGUGUUUCGGAAUUUCGAGUUUAGGGAUGAGCAUGAGGAGAAAGAGCUCCUUACGAGAGAAGGCUUCCUUAGGAAACCAUUGUACCUGAAUGUGGGGUUGAAGCGGAGGGAGACGUGA